GGCCCCAGGCAGGCAGUCAGACGAACGGAGACACCUCUCAGCCCACGGGCACGGUCUGUGCCUCCCCGGAAGAUGCAGAUGCUCUCGAUGCUGCUUGCCGCAGUGGGCACCUGCCUGGGCCUGCUGGUGACAGCUGCAGCGGGUGCUAACCCUGCCCACCUGGACACUCCCGGCAUACUGCCCAGCCACCGGCGCCAGAAGAGAGACUGGAUUUGGAACCAGAUGCACAUCGAUGAAGAGAAAAAUGCCUCGCUGCCCCAUUAUGUGGGCAAGAUCAAGUCCAGCAUGAACCGCAAGAACGCCAAGUACCUGCUUGAAGGAGACUUUGCCGGCAAGGUCUUCAGGGUCAAUGCAGAGACAGGGGACGUGUUUGCCUUUGAAAGGCUGGACAGGGAAAAGAUCUCCGAGUACAACCUCACUGCCCUCGUGGUGGACAAGGACACCAACAAGAACCUGGAGUCUCCUUCCAGCUUCACCAUCAAAGUGCAUGACGUGAAUGACAACUGGCCUGUGUUCACGCACCGGCUGUUCAACGCAUCCGUGCCCGAGAUGUCGGCUGUGGGGACCUCGGUCACCCGUGUGACAGCAGUGGAUGCAGACGACCCCACUGUGGCAGACCAUGCCUCUGUCAUGUACCAAGUCCUGACAGGAGAAGAGUAUUUCACCAUCGACAGUUCUGGAUUCAUUCUUACGAAGAUCAAAAACUUGGACCGAGAGACAAAGGCCAGGUACGAGAUCGUGGUGGAAGCACGAGAUGCCCAGGGCCUCCGGGGGCAGUCAGGCACGGCCACCGUGCUGGUCACUCUGCAGGACGUCAACGACAACUUCCCCAUCUUCAAAAAGACCAAGUACACAUUUACCGUGCCGGAAGACAUCCGCGUGGGCAGCCCCCUGGGCUCUCUGUUUGUCGAGGACCCAGACGAGCCCCAGCACCGGAAGACCAAGUACAGCAUCGUGCAGGGCGAGUACAGGGACACCUUUACCAUUGAGACGGUCCCCACUCGCAACGAGGGCAUCAUCAAGACCACGAAGCCCCUGGACUAUGAACGCGUCCGGCAAUACAGCUUCACCAUCGAGGCCACAGACCCCACCAUCAACCUGAGCUACCUGAGCGGCGCCUCCACCAGAAACAUUGCCCGUGUUGUCAUCAAUGUCACAGACGUGGACGAGCCCCCCAACUUCCAGCAGCCUUUCUACCACUUCCAGCUGCGGGAGAACCAGAAGAAAACUUGGAUCGGCUCAGUGCGGGCGGUUGACCCCGACGCCGCUCGGCGGAGCAUUGGAUACUCCAUCCGCAAGACCAGUGACAAGAACCAGUUCUUCCAAGUAACCAAGCAGGGGGACAUUUACAAUGACAAAGAACUGGACAGAGAAAUCUUCCCCUGGUAUAACCUGACAGUGGAGGCCAAAGAACUGGAUUCUAGAGGGACCCCCACGGGCAAAGAAUCCAUUGUGCGAGUCCACAUUGAGGUUACGGACGAGAACGACAACACCCCAGAGUUUGCCCAGCCCUAUGAGCCCAAAGUGUGUGAGAAUGCUGCCCAGGGCAAGGUGGUUGUGCAAAUCUCGGCAAUAGACAAGGACAUAACACCACAAAACGUGAAGUUCAAUUUCUCCCUGAGCACUGAAGACAACAACUUCACCCUCACAGAUAACCACGAUAACACAGCCAACAUCACAGUCAAGUACGGGCAGUUCGACCGGGAGCGUGCCAAGGUCCACUACCUGCCCGUGCUCAUCUCAGACAAUGGGGUGCCGAGCCUCACAGGCACCAGCACGCUGACCGUGGCCGUGUGCAAGUGCAACGAGCGCGGCGAGUUCACCUUCUGUGAGGAGGUGGCCGCCCAGGUGGGCGUCAGCAUCCAGGCGCUGGUAGCCAUCUUCCUCUGCAUCCUCACCAUCACAGUGAUCACCCUCCUCAUCUUCCUGCGGCGGCGGCUCCGAAAGCAGGCUCGCGCCCACGGCAAAAGCGUGCCGGAGAUCCACGAGCAGCUGGUCACCUACGACGAGGAGGGCGGCGGCGAGAUGGACACCACCAGCUACGACGUGUCGGUGCUCAACUCGGUGCGUCACGGCGGGGCCAAGCCCCCGCGACCCGCGCUGGAUGCGCGCCCGUCCCUCUACGCCCAGGUGCAGAAGCCGCCUCGGCACGCGCCCAGGGCGCACGGCGGGCCCGGGGAGAUGGCCGCCAUGAUCGAGGAGAAGAAGGACGAGGCGGACCACGACGGCGGCGGCCCGCCCUACGACACGCUGCACAUCUACGGCUACGAGGGCUCCGAGUCCAUUGCCGAGUCCCUCAGCUCCCUGGGGACCGAUUCGUCCGACUCGGACAUCGACUACGACUUCCUCAAUGACUGGGGGCCCAGGUUCAAGAUGUUGGCCGAGCUGUACGGCUCCAACCCCCGGGAGGACCUGGUGUAUUAGGGGGGCCGCGGGCCUCUGGGCCUGGGGAUCCAAACCACUGCGGCUCAGGCCACUCAGACACCAGGCACUGUGCCCUCGAAUUGUAGCUCUCACGCCCCAGCCUAGCACCCCUUCCUCGUGGGUCCCAGCGACCUCACCGCCACGGGUAGCAAACUCCAGGUCCCUGAAACAUCCAGGAAUGUCCAUAUUUCAGUGACGGCUACCCCCGAAAUGCUGGAACAUCCAGGCUAGGAUUCUGUUGGGGCUCGGACAUCCACAGAACCCUGUCGCCUGGGACCACGGUCCAACUGGAAGACUUUCCCUGGCUCCUCAAAGCAGCUUAUGUUCAACAGCCAUGGGGAGGUCUCCCCCUGAGGUCCCUGAACCUCCUGAUGAGGUUGGCGAGGUCCUGGGGCCUGUCUGCCUGGAAGCAAAAGGCUGGACAGCAUGACUCCUGGGCAGCACUCUCUGCAGCCCAGUCCCAGGGGGUAUGGGACUGACCCUCAGCCUGACCUGCUUCAACUUCUGCACACCCUCCCAAGUCCCCAGCCCCUCCCCAGGCCCGUCAAGAGCAAGGAAGGGGCUCCUUGGCAGCUCCUGACCCUGGGUCCUGAGGUGACCCUGCUGGCCUGCCG